GUUUUUACUAAGGUCAUUAUUAUGAUUUAGAUAUCCUGGGCAGGAAAAUUACAAAGCACAAAUGACUUCCACAGCACUUGAAUGGUUCAAUGACAGAAGGUGAUCUGCUUGCCAUACAAUAAUUUUUCUGUAUUUAGAAGAGAAAUCAUAGAAGGCAGACUGAGAAUAAAGGAGAUCACAGCAGGUUACUAAUGGCUGUUCUUCUAUACCACACCUUCGCCUUCCUCGCUCUUUUCUCCUGCGGCAUCUACCACCUUGUCUCCGCCACCCGCUCCUUCUUCAGGCCAAACUCUCCCUCAUCAUCCUCCUCCCGUGCCGCAGUCGCCGGCAAUGGAGACCACGUUGCCCGUCCCUACUACCCCCUACUCCUCUCAUCCCACCUACAUCAUCUUAUCCGUCAUCUCCCUCUCUACCUCGCGCUCCUCUCCCUCCUGAUCUCCAUAGCCCAUCACGCCUUCUUUUCCUCCGCUGCUGCCAACCGCUUUUCCUCUCUCCAGACUGCCGCUUCCCUCAUCUUCUUUCUCCUCAUCACGAUCUCCCUCAUCCUUCCCCUCUCCCUUCCCCCGGACCUCAUCUUCCUCCUGGCCGCCGUCGCCUUCGCUCUCCUCUCUUCUGCUUCCUCCGCCUACCUGUCCUCGGACCUUCAAUCCAAGUGCGACUCCAUCUCUUCGGCGAUCUCCGCUGCGUCCGCCGCCUUCUCCCUAGCUCUCGCGGUCUAUCCUCGACUCUUCUUGGCCGAGCUUGCCCUCGCCGCCUCUGUAUCUCUUCAGGGACUCUGGUCCCUCCAAACUGUUCUCUCGCUCUACGUCGAGGCCUUCAUACCUGAGGGUUGCCAUCGCCUGCUCGAAGUUACCGACGGAUCCAUACGCUGCGAGCUCGAGGACUCACGUAACCGCGCUGCCGCUCUCCUUGAUCUUGCGUUCGCACUCCACACCACUUUCAUCUCCGUCAUUUCCGUCGCCAUCUACGCAGUAGUCAACUGGGGCUCAGGCGGAGGCCACCCAAGGCGGUACAAUGGCGGAUCUUACGAGGCUUUGGCUACAUCUUCCUUGUCCGGAGGACUCAAUGAUUUGGAUCACGUCCAGAUGAAGUCCAUCACAAAGAAUUCGAUGCAGGCUUGAAUUUAAACCGACUUGAGUCCCUCUCCUUCCUUUUCUUUCUCUUUCUGUUGGUGAGUUAGGUUUUAUCUGGUCGGAAGAUCUAUUAAGAGAAUUGAAACGUGAAAAAAAAAAGGAACGAUCCUUUGUAGGAAUUGUAAGAAAACUUUGUCUAAAGUUACAUAGAUGCUUGGCUGUAGAAUUUUGUAGAUCUGCUGCUGAUCGCAGAAAGUUGUCUUUGGAUACUUGGAUCUGUUUUCGUUACACUCAAAUUGAUGUUGAUCUAGGAGUUCUUUGCA